UGUUUUUUUUCGUUGGUACCGCUGCAACUGCCUUCGUUUCUAUCAUUUAUUCGUCGUUCCUUUCGGUGCGUUCGCUCAAGCAAUAUGACGAAGGGUACAUCAAGUUUUGGUAAGCGUCGCAAUAAGACGCACACAUUGUGUAGAAGAUGUGGACGCAGUUCUUAUCACAUUCAAAAAUCACAAUGUGCACAAUGUGGAUAUCCUAAGAAAAAGAUGAGAUCAUACAACUGGUCGAUUAAAGCCAAAAGGAGGAAGACCACUGGAACUGGUAGAAUGCGUCAUCUGAAAAUAGUUCGCCGUAAAUUCAAGAACGGAUUCAGAGAGGGCCUACCAAAGCAUAAAACUGUAGCUGCUAAAUAAUAUACCACAUAAAUUCAUUAUAAUGUUAUCAAGCUACAUAGCUUAAAUUUUCAAUAAAACAAUCUUCUAGAACAUA